UAUUUACAUCUUGAAAACGACCUGAUGUCAGAUGAAGAAGAUGCACUGUAUCUCCUGUUGCAAGAUGACCCAUACGAUCAUGCAUUCAGUAUAAACAUGUUAUUGACAUCCCAAUCUUUAGUGGAAAGCUUCCAGGUAUCUUCCGCUAGUGACAGUCUACUGGCAAAUCCAGACAUGUAUUGGAAGGAUGCUGAUGUAGAGGGCACAGGGGCACCUGAUCCAAGAAGUGUGGCAUUACAUUCGGAGCAGCGACAACCUGGCAAGUUGAUAUGGGACCCAAUUAUUCAGAGAACUGCAGAUUUUAUGAAGCUGGUUUUGGCAAACGAUUUGGUUUUCUCCAUCUGCGUUACUACCAACCAUUAUGCUGAUAUGGUCAUAUUUAGGGGGAGGGAUUGUCAUAUGUUUCCCAAGGAAGUUUGCAAUCUGUCACUGAAGAGGAUCUGUACAGAUUUUUGGGCAUUAUCUUAUGCAUGUCUACUGAGAAGUUCCAGUCGAUAGACAGAUAUUGGUCAACGCAUGCCCCUAUCGGGGCUACCCAGUAUGACGAAUUAUGUCUAGAAAUAGGUUUUAAGAGGUUGAAUAUACAUUGUAAGAGCAUUUUUGUUAAAUAUAAUGCAAGUACAUUUAAAUUUAGUGAUUGAAAGUAAAUACUUGAACAUUCAUAUACAUUGAACUUGGGGAGGAAAAACGGGCAGUACCUUUUCAUAAGAUUUGAUAUAAUAAUGGUGUUGUUGCUUACCAACAAAAUAUAUUUGAAUACAAAAAAUAGAUUAUUUGAGAUUUUAACAGUAAAGAUCUUUGUUUUGAUGUUGCAAAUAUUUAUACUAUUUAGUGGAACAUAAUGACAAAGCGUCAUUUAUUAGAAAAUGAUGAAUAUGUAUAUAAAGUACGAAAUUUCCAAUUGAUGGCCUUAAUUCUCUUCAUUAUAUUUUUUGUUAAAAACCCUUUAAAAUGAUUAAGAUCUAGUCAAAAAUUAUAUUUCUAAAACAAUGUGACAUUUACCAAUCAUCAUGCAAUUUAAUUACGUUUAAAUUGUGUCGAAUGGAUGUAGAAAGGCAAAUUAUUGUCAAUAUUAUACCAUGAGUGUUGUUACUGUGCGACCAAAAAUAAUUGUUUGUUAAUAAAAUUGAUUAAUUUGAUUGUGACAGACAGAACAGUGUUACGAACUUAAGCGUCAUACACGCCAAACUAUUUUUAUACACCAAUCAUUUCAAGUACACUCAGAUCGAAAUUAUGUUUAUCUUACAUGUAUGCAUUUUGCAUUAUUACCUUAAGGCGGUGAAUGUAACACAGGAGGGGUUGUCUUGGGUACACCUUAUACCAGAAAGUUUAUUUUUGCUUCACUGGGAUGGAUUUAUUGUAGCAAUGUAUCUACAGAAAUAUUCAAUGCUUACCGUAGUUUAUUACGUGAUGUGUUUUGUGGAGUUUUAUAUGUGCUUUAUACAUACCGUUUUACAAUCAUUGUAUGGCAAUUCUGGGUUAAUUUGCAAAAAACAUGACUCAUAUUUAUCGAAGGAUAUAUGUUUAUUAUCAAUAAAU